UAUGGAAUUCAUAUCAAAAAAUAAGAUUACUUCUUCGAAAUUACCAUCGGCCAACGAUAAAAGUAAAGGCAAUGAAAUUCAAAAAAAACGGUCAAAAACUUCUACAGCAGAACAAACGAGCAGUUUGACGAAAGGAUCGCUAGAAGGAGAUAGAGAAAAGUCUCCAGUGUUGAUUAAUAGAAAUCUCAUAAAGUCAAGUCUCCUUCUAGUUCUAGGAACAUCAUUUCUCUUCGGUCUGAAUGUUAAUUUGGAAAAUAACUUAAAAGAGGAAAUAAAGACUUUUUUUAUAAAGAAAUUAAAAGAUUUGCGUAGGGAUGAACAGUUUGUGAGAGAUAAGUCUGAAACUUUUUUAUAUGCUCUAUCAAUUUUCUACAUUAUAGGAGGGAUUCUUGGCACUGUAGGAAGUUUCAUUCUUGCCGAUAUUUUUGGUAGAAUUUUUGCGAUAUCUUUUACUCAAAUCUUUAUUCUUAUUGGAUGUUCUAUAACUGGAUUCUCGGUAUUUCAAUCGUCACCUUGGUGGUUGGUAUUGGGUAAAUUUUUUAUUGGUUUACAUUCUGGAUUUUCUUUGGUUCUUGCUCCUGUUUCUUUAUCAGAAAUCUCACCAUUUAAUUUAAGAGGUACAUCGAUUUGCAUUCAUCAGCUAGCAAUUACCGUUGGGAUGAUAAUUUCGUCAAUACUGUCUUUGGAACCUCUAUUCGGAAAUGAUAAAUUGUGGCCUUAUUCAAUUGUUAUGCAAAUUGUUCCUGGAUUUAUGGUCUUAAUAGCUGUUAAUUACCUACCGGAAACACCUAGACAUUUAUAUUUAACAAUUUACGAUAAGCAAAGGGCAAAAGAAUCACUAAGGUAUUACAGAAAGAAAAGUGACGUUGGUGGAGAAUUGGAAGAAAUGGAGCUUGAGAGAGCACAUAAAUUAAUUAGAAAGGAAGAUGGAACUAAUUCAUUUAAACGUCCGAAUCCAUUUGAAAGACGAUGGAUUCUUCCAUCAUCAGAUUUCCGAGAACUAAUCUCUAAUUGUGCCUUUCGUCGCCUUAUUUUCAUUGGAAUGGCUUUAUUGAUAAUCCAACAAGUAGCAUUCUUAAAUCUUGGCUCAAUCUUCUUUAAUAAUUCUUAUAUUAAAAGGAACGUAAAUGAAGUUAUGUAUAAGUGGGGCGGAAUAGGAACGUAUUUUAUAAGUUUAAUCAGUACUGUUUCCUUUCUUCCUUUAGUUGAUUUCGUUGGUAGGAGAAGGAUGAUAGUUGUACCAAUUUCUGUUAUGCUAAUUGUCUAUAGUGUUAAUUUGAUAUUUGUAGUAUCGGAGUGUAAAUCGGCAGAAUGUGGUUACUCCAUACUUUUAUUAAAAAAUAUUUAUACAACUGCUUAUUCUAUUGGUAUCGGUCCUGUUGCAUGGAUCUCCCUUCCAGAACUUUUUCAACAAGAUGGAAUCCAUCUCUUAAGACAAUCUUUCUCAUCUUUUGGUAAUACUGAUACCAUAGCUUAUUUAGACCUACCCAAAGCUAUGGUAAAGCCUAAACGGCAUGGAGCUGGUGGCAAACGGAAAAAAAAGCAAAGCAUCGUAUCAAAUUUAACGAAAAAGCAGAAAACACAUUGGAAACAAUUUGGCGAGGCUCAUCCUGCAGAUGAAAAAUCUUCCAGUAAAGUGACGAAAUUCAAUCGAAUUUCCUCUAGGGAUUUACAAACCCAACAAAAUAUAGCAUCUUCGUCCAGUAGUGAGAGUGAAGAAGAUGAGCAAACCGCUUAUAAAGAGUUACUGUCUAAUUUGCGACCAAGCUAUGUAAAGAAGUUAAACGAAUUUGAAGAGACAGAGGAAAAUAUUGAUACUGAUUUGGAAGAAGAUAGAGAUGAUGACAUAGAAGAAGAAGAAGAAGAGGAAGAGAAAGACACCGAAGAUGAUAAUGAAAGCGUAUCUGAAGAGAUAGAACAGAAAGAAGGAAGUGACGACGAAAAAAGUGAGAAUGAAGAUGCGCAAAAUGAUUCAAAUGAUGAAUCUGAAAAAGAAGAAAUUGAUAAGAAUGACUACAGAUUUGAAGACUCAGAAGAUAUAGUGUUGGAAGAGGAAGAUCACUUUAUAAAGUCAGAUGAUCCUUUUAAACAACACUUUGAAUGCGCUUUGGACGAAUCAGAAUUAGAGAAACUAGAUAAUAAAAAAGAAUGGAAUAUAUCGGAGAAGAAAUAUCCUCAAAUUGGAAGUUGUGUCGUAAACACACCGAAAAAUUUAAAAAGUUCCUUUCACUUCGAAUUCGCUAAAGAAUCUAAUAAAUUGAAUUUAAAGCCAAGUUUAGAGAGUCGAUUGAGAAUUGCAAACGAAAAAGUAUUGAAAACAAAACUUUCAGAAGAUGCCUCGUUAACACCAUUUCAAAAGACGAUACUAAAUUAUAUCAAAGACUACAGAGAUUUUUAUUAUCACGAUAGAAAUCAUUUAAAUUCGGAAGAUAUAAGAUUCUCUUAUUGUGUUCAUGCGUUAAAUCAUAUUCUCAAAACUAGAAGUCGAGUAAUAUCGAAUAAUAACAAAAUUAAAGUAAAGAAAGAAGAAGUUACCGAUUCCCAUAGAGAUCAAGGGCUAACAAGACCUAAAGUUCUAAUUAUUGUUCCUUUUAGAGAUAGUGCACUAAGGUGCGUAAAAUUAAUGAUGAGCUUAUUAAAUUGCGCAGGCAGUCAAUCUGCAAUGAAUAAGAGGCGUUUCCUAAAAGAGUAUAGCGACGAUACAGAAAAUCAUAGGAAAGGAUAUAAACCAGAGGAUUUUGAACAUACAUUUAAUGGAAAUAUUGACGAUCAUUUCCGAGUUGGGAUAGGUGUUGCGAAAAAGACUUUAAAAAUAUAUACAGAAUUCUAUUCUGCCGAUAUUCUCAUCGUUUCUCCGCUUGGUCUACGAACUAUUAUAGGAGCAGAGGGCGAUAAAGAGCGUGACUUUGACUUUCUAUCAUCGAUUGAAUUGUUAAUUUUAGAUCAAGUGGAUGUAUUUCAAAUGCAAAAUUGGGAUCAUAUUUUGCAUAUAAUGCGACAUUUACAUCGCCAGCCAAAAGAAGCUCACGGAGUUGAUUUCUCUCGUGUAAGGAUGUGGUGCUUAAACAAUUUGUCCAAAUAUAUGAGACAAACACUUGUAUUCUCCUCUGUACUUACACCUGAAAUACAAUCAUUAGUGAAUAAACAUUGCUUCAAUUAUGCUGGAAAAGUUAAAGUUAAUUCAGUUCAAAGAAGAGGUACUAUUUGCCAAGUUGUCGUUCAUCUACCCCAGAUUUUCCAUAGAAUUAAUUCAUUGACUGCAGCAAAUUCGGCGGAUUGUCGAUUCGAAUUUUUCAAAUCUAAAAUACUACCAAAAAUGAGACAGGAAAUAAAUAGUCAAACUCUAUUAUUUGUUCCAUCUUACUUUGAUUAUGUAAGACUAAGGAAUUUCUUUAAUAAAGAGGAGAUGAAUUUUGGAAGUAUGUGCGAGUAUUCAAAUGACAAAGCAAUUGCUCGAGCAAGAACAAAGUUUUUUCACUCAAGAGUAGAUAUGCUGUUAUAUACGGAACGUUUCCAUUUUUAUAGAAGAUAUAAAAUAAGAGGCAUACGGCACUUGGUGUUUUAUUCCUUGCCUCAAUAUCCUCAUUUCUAUAGUGAAAUAUGUAAUUUCCUGGUAGACACUUGUAAAAGGCAACCCCAACUAUCACCAACUUGUACAGUUCUCAUUGACAAAUAUGACUUUUAUAAACUCUCCGGAAUUGUUGGUUCCAAUAAGGCUAACACAAUGUUAUCUUCAGAAAAGGAUGUUCAUCUACUCUUAACUGAUGAUUAAUAGUACUUUCAAGAAGAAUAGUUAAUUUGUUAGAAAAAUCCAUUUUGUCUCUGUUUUGUAUCCAUGUUUAAUUCGAAUAAAUUCUUUUUAGAGGAGCACGUGAUACGUUAUCAGUUGCAAUAAUACAAUUACGGUUAAAGUACUACAAAACUAGAACAUUAAACUUACAUUUGAAGGACAUUGAAAUUUGCAGCUUUAUUUUUCAUCUUUAAAAUAAUAUUUAUACAAUCAUUUAUGAGUAAAACAUAAAAUAAAGUUAAAAUUUAUAUCUUAUAAGUACAGUAUAGACUGUAUAUUUGCAUAAAAUCUAUUAUAAAAAUUGACAGCUGUUUUGUUUUCACUUAAUGUUUGUCAAAAGGUACUGUUUUCAGUACCACGGUAGUCUCUAUACGCGAAAAAGUAGGUAAAUCCAUAAAAAAAUAAAGAUAGCAUAAAAAAAGAGAUAACGAUUAUUUCAGUAUAAUUCAAAACUGAAUCGAUAUUAGUUACUUUUUCGCAAUUUCUAGUAAGAUAUUCAGAUUUUCUAUUAGUUGAUGAGUUUCCAGAACUUUCUGUAGUAGAGUUAGUAAUUUUUUCAUUAUUCCAUAUGGGCAUUGGUUCAAUAAAAUACGUAAAACAGUAAAAAAAUAAAAGAGCCUUCAACAUUGUCUGAAUGUAUUCAAUGUCAGUGCAUUUCCAAAGCUCAUAUAAUAUUGAGUUGUCUGUAUUAUCGCUAUAGUAUGUUAUAUAUAAA